AUGAUAGUGAGCCUUUUUGACCAAUUUGCCUCCCCUACUCUUUUAGGUAUUCCUUUAAUUAUGUUGGCCCUUACCCUUCCGUGAACACUAUUUCCCUCUUUAACACCCAUAUGGCUUAACACACGAAUUACUAACGUUCAACUUCGAGUUUUUAUGCAAUUCACUCACCAAAUACUCCAACCCCUUAACCAACCAGGGCAUAAGUGAGCUCUAAUUUUAACCUCGUUAAUAAUAUAUUUGAUUACAUUAAACCUUUUAGGUAUAUUACCAUAUUCUUACACCCCUACAACACAACUCUCCCACAACCUGGGCUUAGCUGUACCCAUUUGGUUAGCUACAGUAAUUAUUGGUAUACGAACUAGUCUAACCAAUGUUCUAGCACACCUUCUCCCCCCGGCCACCCCCGUUAUCCUUAUCCCUGCUUUAGUAAUCAUUGAAACCAUUAGUUUAUGCAUCCGACCCUUGGCGUUAGGUGUACGACUAACAGCUAACUUAACAGCGGGUCACCUUCUGAUAUACCUCAUAGGUGCUGGAGUAUACACUUUUUCUUCAAUUCUACCGCCCGUAGCCGGCCUUACUUUCAUUGUUAUACUUUUAUUAACCCUUUUAGAAUUUGCUGUGGCUAUAAUUCAAGCUUAUGUUUUUGUCCUUCUUUUAAGCCUUUAUCUACAAGAAAACGUCUAAUGGCUCAUCAAACACACGCAUACCAUAUAGUUGAUCCCAGCCCUUGGCCUCUAACAGGCGCAAUUGGCGCCUUAUUGCUAACCUCAGGCUUAGCCGUCUGAUUUCAUUUCAACUCACACACACUUCUCAUCCUUGGUAUUACAAUCCUUUUAUUAACCAUACUCCAGUGAUGACGAGAUGUUAUCCGUGAAAGCACUUUUUUAGGACACCACACCCUUCCUGUACAAAAAGGAUUGCGUUAUGGAAUAAUUAUGUUUAUCACCUCAGAGGUCUUGUUUUUUAUGGGCUUUUUCUGAGCUUUCUACCACUCCAGUUUGGCUCCCACCUUUGAACUCGGGGGGUGUUGACCACCCUUCGGAGUUAACACCUUAGAUCCGUUCGAAGUCCCCCUGCUAAACACUGCCGUUCUUUUGGCAUCAGGUGUAACAGUGACUUGAGCUCACCAUAAUAUUAUAGCAGGCGAACGCAAGCAAGCCAUUUAUUCUCUUACUCUAACAAUUCUACUAGGGUUUUACUUUACAUUCCUUCAAGCCCUAGAGUACUACGAAGCAUCUUUUACAAUCGCCGACGGAGUUUAUGGCUCCGCCUUUUUCGUAGCUACAGGUUUUCACGGCCUCCACGUGAUUAUUGGGUCGACAUUUUUAGCGGUUUGCCUGAUACGACAAAUUCAACACCACUUCACACCCACACAUCACUUUGGCUUCGAAGCCGCUGCUUGAUACUGACAUUUCGUAGAUGUGGUGUGGUUAUUCCUUUAUGCAUCUAUCUACUGAUGAGGAUCAUAA